AUGCUCGGCGAGCCUCUCCUUGCGUGGGCGAGGACGCCGUUCCUGCCCCCGCCCCCACCACCGUCGGUCGCCCACGCCCCUGCUGGUCGCUUCGCCUCCACGCCCUGCCUCGCCUCCGCCCCCUACUGGUUACCUCCGCUGCCGGCCCCGCCCCCGCCUCCGCCCCGCCCCCUGCUGGUUGCUUCCGCCGCGAGGCCGUGGGCGAGGUCACCUGCGGCGAGGUUGUGGGCAAGGCGAGCGGCCCCUGUUGGUUGCUUCGGCCGCCGGCCCCGCCCUCGUCCGCCCCCUGCUGGUUGCUUCCGCCCGCCACCCGUCGCCCGCCGCCCACCGGCCCCGCCCCUGCUGGUUUCUUCCGUUGCCGCCCGCCGCCACCUGGUCGGAAGACCUAGAAAAACGCUAAGUGUUGCUCUGUUCGAUGCCACCCGCCGCCACCUGGUCGGAAGUUAUGCAUGGGAAAUCACUAUAGCAGGCAAGCUUCUUUCACAUCCAGUCAGGCUUUGA